AUGAUGGCCUCAUCCACCUCCUCUUCCAGUUCUCGGCCACACAACUCUCCGCCCCCCCUCCCGAAAAAGAGGGCUGUCUUCGCAGACCUCUACCCAAACCGCGGCGAGCAUCUUUCGGAGGAGAUUUUGGACUCUCUGGACUACUUUGUCCAGUGGAAACUGGACCAGGCGAUGACGCGAAUCCGCGCGACCGCCGCGGAAGACAAGCGACUAUGGAUUGCAAAAAUGUCUGGGUCUGGAAGGAUCCAACUUGUGAUGCUACUUUUGGAAUCUACAUAAAAUCUGUAUUGCAUGAACAGCAAAACAGGCGCAAUUUGUGCUACGCGGAGAGGGCGUUUCUCAUGCGGUAUGAGCAUCAGAAAGCCCUCGCAAAAUCUCUGAUGCUACGGCAUGCAUCACAGACCUCAUGGGUCAUGCAAAAUCUGCAUGACAAACUCCUGCAUUCUUCCAGACCCAGACAUUUUUGCAUUUGAUAGCGACUGCAACAGGAAAUGCGAGGAGGCGUCGGAGGUGGAGGUGCAGCAGCUGGGGGAGUAUCAAAUGAAAAAAUGUCUGGGUCUGGAAAAAUUGAUGUUUGUCAUGCUUGUCUGGCAUGACUCCUAAAUCUGUCAUGCACGUUACCCAAGAGCUCCGUUUUUCUGUGAUGCAGAAGCGCAGUCGGUCAUGCAGAAUAGGCAACACCUAGGAGCUCAGAGACUUGUCAUGCUGAGCCAGCAUUUGUAGCCUCAUCGUGAGACGCCACCCAGCAUCACAAGUUUCCAGACCCAGACACUUUUACUUUUGAUAGGGAGCGUUUGCGUACAACCCUCCUCAUCGUGGUCCUCCAGGGGGGAUGAUGAUGCAGCAACCUCCUGGUACAGCAGCUCCGGGUGGAGCCGACGGGAUCAAGAACCUCCAGACGGGAGCUACAUCAAGUUCCUCCGCGCGAGGGACCACAAGCGAGAAGAGCACGGCCGCUGGGUAUCAAAUGUAAAAAUGUCUGGGUCUGGAAGAUUCUGACACUUGUCAUGCACGUUUUGCAUGAGCCAUGAGGUCUGGAAUGCGAGACCUAGCAUGACAGAUUCUGUGAGAUCCGUGCCAUGCCUAUACUGCAUGAGAAACUUCCUCUCAACUUGGUCAAAACUGGACGAGUUUUGGUAAUCAUGCAACACAGAUUUUUGCACGCUUCAGAACUGUUGGGCAUCUUCUUCCCCUUCGGUAUUCGGGUGCAGGGAAGGGUGUUCGGGGUUGCUUCCCCCUCGGUUCUCGAUGGUGGGUCUGCAUUUGUGAUCGUGGGGCAGUGGUUGGUUGAGGUUCUGUGGAGUUCCUCCAGGUGAUACUCCCGCUCCUCUACCCGGCGGUGAUCUUGCAUCACAGCCACAUGGGGCCACCCCGUGCUCAACCCCAGGGGAUUAUGGCCCCCUCUUUUUCGACGCGUUCGGACUGAGGAUUGUUCCAUUUUCCCUUAGUGACAUCACCUCAGGGUUCCAGGGUUCAGAUUUAGCAUGACAAGUUGCAUUCUUCCAGACCCAGACAUUUUUACAUUUGAUACUGGGGGAGCAAGAACCACUGGAGCGGCGAAUACAAGGAGCAUGAAGAAUUCCAUGAAAGUACCAUUUGUAAAAACGUCCCCACCCCAGAGUUGUGAUGCAGAUUUGCAUUGACAAGAACAUUUGUGAUGCGUAUCUCCAUGAGAGGCGUUUCUAGUCGUGUUUUGGCAUUUGUAAUGCUGUAACCAGGAUAAGCAGAUGGAUUUGUGAUGCGUGCGUCCUUGCUAGCCUGCACUACACUACGGACUGGAACUUGUGAUGCGUGAGUCCCAAAACUUCUAGGUUUGUGUUGCAAAAUCCCCAUCUUGACUAUGGGGUGGGGACGUUUUUACACAGGAUAGAAAGCAGCUCCCGUUCCCGGGCUGAUCGUCGGAGGCACCAAUACUAACACGCAAAUGAAACAGCAGACGAACGCUUCUAUCGACCCCUCGCCGCCCGGCGUAGAGCAGCAAACGAAGAUGAAGCUGGUCGAGUUUGCGAACGCAAAACAGCAAAUUUUGUCGAGCGCUGCAGGAACAAGUGGAGGAGCUUCCGUACAACCCCAGCAUUCGAUGAGGAAGCAACCGAACUUGAUCGGUGGCAAAUUUGGCGACAGCCUGAAACCUCCGGAGCCCUUGUUUCACUACACGCACGCGCAGGUGCGGCGGGCGCUGGCCCGGUGCCACGACACGGCCACGGAAAGUCUGACGGAAGACCUCGUCGCGAAAGCGCACAAAGUGAACGCGAUGCCGAUCCGCACGGAAGAAUUAUCGGAGGAAAGUGAGGAUGAGGAUGAGGACUUGUGAUGAUGUAUUGCAUCAGCAGCAAUACAAAGAACACCUGGGCACAUGGAGCCUAUGCAUGACAAAUCUAUGUACCUAAAGUGGCCUCUAAUAUGUACUACAAACCUCCCUGGUGUUAAAAACUACGGCGACAGAGACGAAACCUCCAGCUGCACCAUGUAGUUGACAAUACAAGUGAAAAAAUAGCUUUCUGUUGCUGAGCGUCAGCACUGAAAAUACGACCAUAAGCGACGAUAACUAUCAUCAUCCAU